AUGUCUCGCCUUUACCUUUGGUCCCCACUGCUCCUCCUUUCGUGGCCACCGUUGUGGCUUCUGGUCCAGGUAGCUCAGGCGUCGGACUGGGCCCAGGACCAUGUCCCCCUGACCUCCGACCCCCCAGGGCUGACCUCUGAACAGCUCACUGGCUCGCCCCAUGUGCUUGCACCCUCGGCAGAGCCGGGGGGCUUUGCUUACUUGACGGCCCUCCUCUCCAGCCCAGAUGUCGCCCCGCCAGUCAGGACUCCGCGUCAUCGGCCACAUCCCAUUCAUUUGCACUUGCCCAAUGCGACACCUCAGCCUCUGGAUUUGGGACUUACCAUUACUCCAGAGCCUACUAAGGAAGCUGAGUCAACUACAGCCCAGCAGGAGGCCCUUCCUCAGCCUGUUGAGCACCCUGAGGAGAUGGAAUCUUCUCCAACCCAGCAGGAGACCUCAGAGAAGCCUCCAGAGCCUCCUGGGGAGGCCGAGCCUUUGAGUGAGCAGGAGCCACCAGCUCAGCCUUCAGAGCCUCUUGGGGAAGAUGAACCGUUUCCAACCCAGCUGGAGACCCCAGUGCAGCUCUCAGAGUCUUUGGAAGAAGCUGAAACUUCUCCAACCCAGGAAGGGACCCCAGCUCUGUCUGCAGGAGAGGUAGAACCUUCUGCAACCCUGCAGGAGCAACCAGCUCAGCCUCCAGAGCCGCCUUCUGGGGAGGCGGAGCCUUUGCCAGCUCAACAGGAACAGCCAGCUCAACCUCCAGAGCAUCAUGAAGUGACAGUUUCACCUCCAAGUCACCAUCAUGCUCAGCAGUCAAAUGUAGCCAAUGUCACUGUCAAGCCUGUGGAUGUGGGGCUUACCAUAAGCACAGAAGCCAGCCCAGAGGUGGGACCGUCUCCAAAUCCGCCCAAGCCUUCCACUCAGCCGUCGGUGUCCCACACCAGUGUGGGAUUUUCUACAACCCAGCAUGAGGCUCCCACGCUGCCUCCACAGCCACCUGAGGAAGUUGAACCUUUGCCAGUUCAACAAGAGGCUCCGGAUCAAUCUCCAGAAGCUGCUACCGUUCAUGAGGAGGCCCCGGGUCAGCAUCCAGAGGCUCCUGAAACCUCGGUGCAGUCUGCGGUGUCCCCGGAGCAGUUGCAACUGUUGUCAGGCCAGCAGGAGUUUUCAGCUGCAUCUCCACAGCCCCUGAAGGAGGGAGAACCUUCUGCCACACAGCAGGAGCUUCAGGCUCAGCCGUCAGAGCCUCCCGAGAAGAGGCUUCCUCGAUCCAACAGGAGCUUUUGGAACCCCUCAAAGAGACGGACCCUUCUUCAGUCCAGCAGGGGGCCCCGCCUCAGCCUCCAGAGCCACCUAAGGAGGUGGAGGCACAAAGUCCAGUGCAUCCUGGGAUGA